AGCCAGCUGCUCCCGGCGAUGUGACAAGUAGACAGGAAUACUGGGCAGAGGGGGUGGGGUUACACAGGCUCCUGCCCUGCUACAAGCUAGUGAAAUGGUUGCAAAAAGUGAUAGGGGAGAGGUACUCACCCCUCCUAACUGUGCUCAUUCCCCUCAUCCACCUGAAGCUGGCAGAGAAUGUAUGCUUAGUGUAUGGAUGCACAUGUGCUAGGCAAACUGAACUGAAGUUACACUGAGUGCCUGUAACCCCGGACCUCUGCCUCCCCAGCUGUAUGCCUCUGCUUCUCCCUGGAAAGAGCUGCUGCUGUGGAUUCUGUAUACUUGUUGCAAAGGUACGUAGCUCUUCUGGCUGGAACAGCAAUUGGAAUAUAUUGGUGCAGUUCCUGCUUGUCAGUCUGCUUGCAUCUGGCCAAGCCAUGCUUCUGUUCUUAGCAGAACGUUAUAGGAAAAUGAUGAGUUCCAAAAUGUUCCUAUGCAAAUCAUUAAUUGUGUUAAAUGAAUAGCACAAAUGGAUCUCCUAUAGUAAAGGAGCAGGCAUAGGCAUGUGUGAUGUGAUUGCCACUGUCAGACUUAAGAGACAACGGAUAGGUGACGGAAAGCUGCAAGCAGACAGAGCAGCUCUCUCCCUGCUGCUGGUAUAGCUCUGAGAGCUGCAGCUCAGCCAGCAACACAUGGCAUUCUUCUUCCUCUGCUUCUGCUGAACACUACAGACUGCUCUUAUCUGACACACCUGGAAACAGAAUGGGAUUGUGACCUAGAGACACUGACAGCAUCUUCAGCACAUUCUUUCUGGUCAAACUUUUUAUCUGCUAACAAAAUCAAACAAGUUUUAUAAACUUGCAGCAACCUUUAUAUUUCUGCUAAAGCUCAGAUAAGCCAUUACAGGCAACCACGGUAAACAUGGCAGCAGGAGUGUCAUCAUGGCUGCCCUUUGCGCGAGCUGCUGCCAUUGGCUGGAUGCCAGUGGCAUCAGAUCCUAUGCCUGCACCACCCCAAGGUGAAAGGAAAAGGUCUCAGGACUCCUUGAUUGUGCUAAAUGUCAGUGGUACCUGCUUUCAAACUUGGCGAAACACACUAGAGCGCUACCCGGAUACUUUGCUUGGCAGCACUGAGCGAGAUUUUUUCUUUAAUCAGGAUACUGGAGAAUAUUUUUUUGAUAGGGACCCGGAUAUUUUCCGCCACAUUCUGAAUUUUUAUCGCACAGGUCGGCUUCACUACCCGCGGCAUGAAUGUAUUGCUGCAUUUGAUGAAGAGUUGGCAUUUUUUGGUGUUAUGCCAGAGAUUAUUGGUGACUGCUGUUAUGAGGAGUACAGAGACAGGCGCAGGGAGAAUGCAGAGAGACUACUGGAUGAUGCUGACAGUGAGAACAAAUCAGAGGGACCACUACCCCCAAUGUCAGCUCGUCAGAAAAUGUGGCGAGCAUUUGAAAACCCUCACACCAGUACUGUAGCCUUGGUAUUUUACUAUGUAACUGGCUUCUUCAUUGCUGUCUCUGUCCUUGCCAAUGUGUUGGAGACAGUACCAUGUGGUACAGGUCUAGGCUCUAUGCGGGACUUGCCUUGUGGUGAGCGUUAUACUACGGCUUUUUUCUGUCUGGAUACAGCAUGCGUCCUUAUCUUCACUGUGGAGUACUUGAUGCGCUUGUUUGCUGCACCCAGCCGAUUUCGGUUUGCACGAAGUGUAAUGAGCGUCAUCGAUGUGGUGGCAAUCAUGCCCUAUUACAUUGCUCUUGUGAUGACAAACAAUGAUGACGUAAGUGGCGCAUUUGUCACGCUGAGAGUGUUCCGUGUGUUUCGGAUCUUUAAAUUUUCCCGCCACUCACAGGGUCUACGGAUCUUGGGAUAUACACUGAAGAGUUGUGCCUCAGAAUUGGGAUUUCUGCUAUUCUCCCUUACUAUGGCGAUCAUCAUCUUUGCCACAGUAAUGUUUUAUGCUGAGAAGGGUUCUUUAAACAGCAGAUUUACUAGUAUACCAGCUGCCUUUUGGUACACCAUCGUCACCAUGACAACGCUGGGGUAUGGUGAUAUGGUUCCAAAGACAAUAGCCGGAAAGAUUUUUGGUUCCAUUUGUUCUCUGAGUGGUGUGUUGGUCAUUGCAUUACCAGUUCCUGUAAUCGUUUCCAACUUUAGCCGGAUCUACCACCAGAAUCAACGAGCAGACAAACGCAGAGCACAAAAGAAAGCAAGACUUGCAAGAAUUCGUGUGGCAAAAAGUGGAAGUGCUAAUGCCUUCUUACAAAGCAAGCGCAAUGGCUUGCUAAACGAGACUUUUCAGGGUUCCAGUGAAGAGGAACAAGCUUUUAUAAACAAAUCUGGAUCUACAUUUGCAACACAACAUUAUCACCUGCUUCAUUGUCUGGAGAAAACAACGGGGUUAUCUCAGUUUGUGGAUGAGUCCAUCUUACCAAUAAGUUCUCCACCCAUCAUUCAGAAUCAUGAGUUCGUGGAUGAACAAAGCUAUGAAGAUAGCUGUAUGGAAGUGUCUACUAUAAAUAAACUAAGAAACCACAGUCCUUCUUUGUCAUCACAACAUGAUGGGAGCAAUUUUUGCUGCUCUAGACGGAAUAAAAAAAAUCAACGUAUGCCGAAUGCUAAUGUUACAACUUGCAGCCAUCAAGGCAGCCUUCAGGAGCUCAGUGCUAUCCACAUCCAAUGUCUGGAGAGAACCCCUUUAUCAAACAGCCGGUCCAGUCUAAAUGCCAAAGUGGAAGAACACCUUAAAUUAAAUUGUGAGCCGCCAUAUGUUACCACAGCGGUAAUAACCAUGCCGACGCCACCAGUGACAACACCAGAGGAGGAUGGUAGAUCAGAGUCCCCUGACUACUCACAAAGGAACAUUGUAAGAGUGUCAGCACUAUAAGUCCUGCUCAAAGAGGAUUUUUUCUUAAAGAAUAAUGAACAUAAAAGCUGCAAUCAGCUCAGAAGGAAUUUAAACCACUGAAAGUUUUCUGAGAUUUUGAAGCAGCAAAUUGUUUGCAUACUAAUAAUAAAAAAAAAGACAAACAACUACUGAAUCAUGCAAUGGGACUGUAGAACAGAUCUUCCAAACGAGUAUAUGUGUGACUACAUACAUGAGCACAAUGAAAGAUCACCCAUUGAUUUUUUUUUUAUUAUUAUUAUUUUUUUGCUUUAUUUUCUUUUUCAAAUGCAGCAUUUUUUAUAGAAAAAUAAAAACACACCCUGAAAAUGA